AUGGCCGACGUCGAUUCUCAUAUCGAGUUAAUAGACUCGACCACAGCCCCAAACAACAACAACACAACAACAACUACAACAACAAAUACGUUUGCCGAGGCUGUCAGAAAAUCAUUGGACUACAUACAACAUGCUGCGACGGCUAGACCAAGUACCGAUAAAAAGCCAUCAACAGAAGUUGGUGCCAUCUUUGAAGAAGUUCGUCAAAGUAUUGACUUGGUCAGAAGUUUGCAAGAACAAGAGAAUAAAUCCGGUAAAAAGGAUAAGAAGAACAAGGUUUUGGAGAAGGCCAAGAAGAAGGCCAUUGAUAUUACAGAGCACGAGAUGCCAGUAGAGAAAUUAUUGGACCUCUAUGGAUCCAAUUUCAAUGCCGACCCCGAAGCAGCCAAAGGUUUGAGUGAGAAGGUCGCUCAAGAACGGUUAUUGUUUAACGGACCAAACAAAUUGAAACCACCAAAGAAGAAGCCAUUCAUCUUUAAGAUUAUUGAACAAUUCACAAGUUUAUUCUCCUUGUUGAUGAUUUUUGCCGGAUUUUUAUGUAUUUUGGAUCCUAUUAUCGAGAGAACUGUUGAUUCAGUUUCUAAUGUUUUUUUGGGAGUCAUUUUGUGGGGUGUCGUCAUUCUGAAUGCAUCAAUUACAUUAAUUCAAGAAAGAGGAAGUGAAAAGGUUUUGGAAGGUUUUAUUGCCAUGCAAAAGAGUACAGUUUUAGUUGUUAGAGAUGGUAUUUUGAGAAAAGUCGAUGCUGAAACAUUGGUUUUGGGUGAUAUUGUUAAAAUUGAAGCUGGUGAUAUCGUUCCAGCUGAUUUAAGAAUUUUACAUGCAAGUGGCUUGAAGGUAGAUAACAGUUCUUUGACUGGUGAAUCUGAUCCUCAAGUAAGAACAUCAGAAUCUAGUUCCUCAAACCCAUUGGAAACAGCCAACUUGGCUUUCUUUGGUACUACUGUUCUUGAAGGAAGCGGAUAUGGUAUUGUUAUUAGAUGCGGUAACGUCACAGUUAUUGGUCAAAUUGCUUUGCUUGCUGGUACAACUGUCACCUUAAAGACUCCAUUGAGAAGAGAAAUUGAUAACUUUGUUAGAAGUAUUGGUAUCAUUGCCUUGACCAGUUCUGUGAUUUUGUUUGUCGUUGGUCUCGCUCUUGGUCUUGGUUGGUAUCAAAGCUUCCUUUUCGCUAUCGGAGUCAUUACUGCUAACAUUCCGGAAGGUUUAAUUGCUGUCGUCACUGUUUGUUUGACUGUUUCUGCUAAGAGAUUGAUGGCUGUUAAUGUUCUUGUUAAGAAAUUGGAACACGUCGAAACUUUGGGUAGUACAUCUGUAAUCUGUUCAGACAAGACAGGUACUUUAACUCAAAACAGAAUGACUGUAGUCGAAACUUGGAUCGAUGGUAAUGUCUCUGCUGUUGGUUAUGAAAGAAUGAUGAAAGAAAAGCCUGCUGGUGACCUUCCAGAUUUUAGUAAGAUUCCUGAAGAAAGUUUGACAGAUUAUCAAACAAUGGUCAGAGCGUGUGCAUUGUGUAGUGCAACCACCUUUGUUCAAUCAGAAAAUAACCUUGCUAAACCAAUUCUUGACAGAGAAUGUAUCGGUGACGCUUCUGAAACAGCCCUUAUCAAGUUUGUUGAAACUAGAAAUGAUACUUCUACUCUUCAAGGUAUUAGAGGUGCUCACAGCAGUCUCUAUACUAUUCCAUUUAAUUCCAAGAAUAAGUGGAUGUUGGAGGUUCGUGAAAAACCAGGUUUGGAAAAGGCUAUUCUCUUCAUGAAAGGUGCCCCAGAAAGAAUUAUCAGUAGAUGUACCACUAUUUUAGUUGGUGGUAAGGUUCUCCCAUUGGAUGAAAUGUGGAAGAAUAACUUCCAACAAGCUUAUGACUUCUUUGCCAUGAAAGGUGAACGUGUUUUAGGUUUUGCUCAAAUGUAUGUUGAUAAGGAAUGUGUAAAGAAACAAUUGGAAGCUGAAGAAUCUGGUACUAAAUCAUCUGAUGGUUUGUUGAUUCCAACUGAAGGUUUGACAUUUAUUGGUAUGUGUGCUUUGACAGAUCCUCCAAAAGUUGGUGUUCCAGAAGCUAUUGCUAAGUGUAAACGUGCUGGUAUUCAAGUUGUCAUGGUUACUGGUGACCACCCUGCUACUGCUAAGGCUAUUGCUAAGCAAGUUGGUAUUCUUGAAGAAGACUGUACUACGAGAGAAGAUCUCGCCAUGGAAGAAGGUUGUUCUCCUGAGUCAAUUCCAUUCAGUAGACCUGAGGUUGAUGCUGUUGUUUUGCACGGUGAAGAAAUUGACAAGCUCUCUUCAAAGGAAUGGAGAUCAAUUUUGAGAAAGAAACAAAUCGUAUUUUCCAGAACUUCUCCUCAACAAAAGUUGUUGAUUGUCAGCAAAUUCCAAGAAAUGGGACACUGUGUUGCUGUUACUGGUGAUGGUACUAACGACUCUCCUGCUUUGAGAAAGGCUGAUAUUGGUGUUGCUAUGAAUAUUUCCGGUUCUGCUGUUUCUAAGGAUGCUGCUGCUAUUAUUUUGAUGGACGAUAACUUUGCUUCAAUCGUUAAUGGUGUUGAAGAAGGUAGAUUAAUUUUCGAUAACUUGAAAAAGUCCAUUGCUUAUACCUUGACUCACGCUAUACCUGAAGUCAGUAGUUUUUUGGCCUAUGCCAUUUUUGGUAUUCCACUCCCAUUGACAGGUGUUCAAGUGUUGAUGAUUGACUUGGGUACUGAAUUGAUGAAUGCUAUUUCUCUUGCUUACGAACCUGCUGAAAGUGAUAUUAUGAAUAUUCCUCCAAGAAACAAAACAGACAAGCUAGUUGGUUUCCAACUUUUCUCUUACUCUUAUCUCCAAGUUGGUGUGAUUGAAGCUAUGGGUUGUUUUUGCAGCUAUUUCCUUGCUUUGGCAUAUUAUGGUAUCCCACCAUCAUAUUGCUGGAAUGCUGCCAGAUCAAAUUACUUUACAAAUACUGCUCCUGAUUUGUAUAUUGCUGAAUCAGGUCAAAAGAUUACAGCCAAACAGCAAGUCGACAUUUUGAGUGCUGCUCAAACAGCUUAUUUCCUCUGUAUUGUCAUUUGCCAAUGGGCUACGUUGAUGUCAACCAGAACUAGAAGGACCUCUGUUUUCUUAAAGAAUUUCUCCGCCAACUUGUGGAUUUAUGGUGGUAUCAUCUUUGCUGUUGCCCUGACUUGUUUCUUCUUAUAUGUUCCUUUCAUUUCCGACUUUAUUUUCCAAAUUAGACCUGUCGGUAUUGACUUUUGGUUAUACCCAAUACCUUGGGCAUUUGCUAUUUUGUUUUAUGACGAAAUCAGAAAGUUGAUGUUGAGAACGUUGCGUAUUAGUGCCAUUUCUUGGUAA